UUCCCCCCCGCCGCCAAACCACCACCACCACUCCUCGGUCCUUUCCAGCCCCUGCCUGUAGGCAUUACUCUGCCAAAAUCCUCUCUCCCGAGACAUGGAAAUGGCGUCCCAACCCCAGGCAGGCCGCUUCACCCGGGGAGUGGCGGCUCGUGCCCCGCCGUCGGCCUCCGUUGAAGGCCCCGCCUACCGCGCCACCGUGCAGAGAUGCGUGGCGCUCGUCGACUGGUGGCUGGUGAGGGGCGAAGACGACAAGAUCCGUGUUGCUGGGUACCCUGAGAGGAAUCGAGCAGCUCGAUUAUUCUAUUCUGAUUCCAUUACAAUGCGGCAUGCUGAUGGCACUCUUGAGACUGCAGAUCACAAGAUUUUAUUAAUUAGGGGUCCAUUAAAUAUCACACAGAUGCAUUGUAAUGGAUUUCCUUACGAGGUUUCUAAAAACUUCCGACGUGGUUUUCCUGUUCAAUGGGAGCAAUGUGCUAAUUCUAACAUGAAACAGAUGAAUGAAAACACACAAUCUCCAUCAAAAUCAACUGAAUAUUAUAUAGAGAAGUUCUUGCGUGGCAGCUUCAUCAAUUCAGCGGAAUAUAGUUUCAUGGAGGCUGAUCUCAAAUCAUCUAAAGGGCCUACUGGUAAUACAGAUGGACCUCCCAGCCAAGGGCUUUCAGAUUUGUCUAAUGGAAUACCAAAAAUUCAGGAACCUACUGGAAAUGGUGCUGAUUAUCAUAACUCAGUGAGCAUCACGACUGCAUCUGAGGGAUUAUGUAAUGGCAGAAUUGGUAUGCCUGAUGAAUCUUGUGAAGAUUCUGGGCCUGGAGAAACAUAUAGUGGUCGAACAAGUCAAGCAGCAAAACCACGUGAAUUACAAGUAUUGGCCAAAGGGUUGAGUCCAGCUUUUGGACUUCAAUGUUCAAAAGAUAACACAGGCAGAAGACUGCGGAGUGGCAAAGUUUGUGAAAUGUCAAAUGGUGCUUCAUUUAAGAAGGGUAACUCCAAGAGGAAGACAAUGCAGCAUGAGACAUUGAAUGUGAAGGUGGACCCAAUUGAAGAGACAAGACCCCCUUCAGAUCCGACUUGUCACGAAAAUGGUAGCUCAGUUGCUCAAAUCCCUGCUGCAGAUGAACUUCAAUCACAACAUUCAGGUCAUAAAGGAAAAGGGAGAGGAAGACCUAGAAAGAGGGCGAGGAUCGAGGAGGUGUAGCAUCGAGCAUGGUGCGGUGAAUAUCAGAGCAACAUUUUGUGAUGAAGUAAAUCUCAGCAAAUGGUAGAUGUGCUGUGUAACGGAUUAGAGUUAUGCUAAUGUAGGUUGUAGGAUGAGGAAGAUGCUACCGCUGUGAAACGGUUGGCAGAACAGUUCUUUGCAGGCCAACUAUCUAUGUAUGUAGGUGCAUCUGGAGAUUAUGUUACAAACCAAUUCACAUGUGCUGAUGAUGAGCUCAAGUACAACAGCUUCA